GCGUGCGUGAGGGAGCGGGCGCGCGGAGCCCGGCGCUGCGGCCGUCAUGUCGGAGGACUCGAGCGCCCUGCCCUGGUCCAUCAACAGGGACGACUACGAGCUGCAGGAGGUGAUCGGGAGUGGAGCAACUGCUGUGGUCCAGGCAGCUUAUUGUGCCCCCAAAAAGGAGAGAGUGGCAAUCAAACGGAUAAACCUGGAGAAGUGCCAGACUAGCAUGGAUGAACUCCUGAAAGAAAUUCAAGCCAUGAGUCAAUGCCAUCACCCUAAUAUUGUGUCUUACUACACGUCUUUUGUGGUAAAGGAUGAGCUGUGGCUAGUCAUGAAGCUGCUGAGUGGAGGCUCUGUUCUGGAUAUUAUUAAGCAUAUUGUGGCAAAGGGGGAACACAAAAGCGGGGUCUUGGAUGAGCCGACCAUCGCUACAAUCCUCCGAGAAGUCCUCGAUGGCUUGGAAUACCUGCACAAGAACGGGCAGAUUCACAGAGAUGUGAAAGCGGGAAACAUUCUUCUAGGAGAAGAUGGCUCUGUACAGAUCGCAGAUUUUGGUGUUAGUGCUUUUUUAGCGACUGGUGGUGACAUUACCAGAAAUAAAGUGAGGAAGACGUUUGUUGGCACCCCUUGCUGGAUGGCACCUGAAGUUAUGGAGCAGGUUCGAGGUUAUGAUUUUAAAGCUGAUAUCUGGAGUUUUGGAAUCACAGCAAUUGAACUGGCCACAGGGGCAGCUCCUUAUCAUAAAUAUCCACCAAUGAAGGUUUUAAUGCUGACACUCCAGAACGAUCCUCCUUCUUUGGAAACUGGUGUUCAAGAUAAAGAAAUGCUGAAAAAGUAUGGGAAAUCAUUUAGAAAAAUGAUUUCACUGUGCCUUCAAAAGGAUCCAGAAAAAAGGCCAACAGCAGCAGAACUGUUGAGGCACAAGUUCUUCCAGAAAGCGAAGAAUAAAGAAUUUCUUCAAGAAAAAAUAUUACAGAGAGCUCCUACCAUUUCUGAGAGAUCUAAAAAGGUUCGGAGAGUACCAGGCUCCAGUGGCCGUCUCCACAAGACAGAGGAUGGAGGCUGGGAGUGGAGUGAUGAUGAAUUUGAUGAGGAAAGUGAGGAAGGCAGAGCAGCAAUUUCACAACUCAGGUCUCCCCGAGUGAAAGACUUGCUGUCUAAUUCUGAGCUCUUCUCAACAGGUGAUCCCAUGGGUACUUUGCUCCAAGUUCCCGAACAGAUUUCUGCUCAUCUACCUCAGCCAGCUGGCCAGAUGCCUACACAGCCCACUCAAGUCUCUCUCCUGCCUCCUGCAGAUCCAGCAAAAACAGCACAGGCUCAGUCUUCAGCAGACCGCUCCUCAGAGACCAAGGUCCCUAUCAGUCUAGUGCUGAGAUUAAGGAAUUCCAAAAAAGAACUAAAUGAUAUUCGAUUUGAAUUUACUCCUGGGAGAGAUACAGCCGAGGGUGUCUCUCAGGAGCUCAUUUCUGCUGGCUUGGUGGAUGGAAGGGAUUUAGUGAUAGUGGCAGCUAAUUUGCAGAAAAUUGUGGAAGAACCUCAAUCAAAUCGAUCUGUCACUUUCAAACUGGCAUCUGGUGUUGAAGGUUCAGAUAUUCCCGAUGAUGGCAAACUAAUAGGAUUUGCCCAGCUCAGCAUCAGCUAAACCACAGUCCUGGAAGAGUCAGCCUAAGGAGGUGCCACACAUGCAUAUCAGUUGCUUCUGUUGGCCUGAACCUACAACUGCCAAAGAACCUGGCAACAAACGUCCUGGCGUGGAGCUUUGGAGUCCUUUAUUUAUGUUCUUCUUGCCAUCUCCCCCCACCCUUUUCCACAAGGAAAGAGCAGUUGGCUUACCAGUGCCGGCAUCCUCUCAGAGAGUUCCGUUAGUAGAUACACUGCUCGUGUCCCCCUCUCCCUCCAUCUGAGAAGCAGCCCGUGUGCCUCAAGGCCAGGGUGGAAAUCUCAGCUUAUUCUUGCCUUACUACAGCGAUGGCCCAAGUGGAUAGUAGCAGCUGCAUUGGGCACCCUCAUCUGCCUAAUUCUCCCAUACCUGCCAGGGUGUGGGCAUCUUGGGAUGUCUCUUUAACAUUGAAGUAGCAAUUAAAAGUUGAUUGUUCAGCUGGAGCCCAGAGAAUUUAAUCCGUGUUUUUUCUUUGUACCUGAUGCGAAUUCUAGCAACCUUUGUUAGGAAAAGCACAGCCUCGGUGGAGGCAGCCCAAGCUCCUGUCUGUUGUGUUCAUGGCGUCUCUACGUGUUCUGCUGGAGCUGUUCUCAGGCACCCUUCUUUGCCUCCUCCAGAAAGGGUCGCUAGCCUUAACUUCAGCUGGUGCAAACGUCUGGCGGUAGUCAGACUUGAGCCAUCUGCUCCUUCAAAGUUGAGCUGUGGAUUGUUUUUUACAGGAAACAUCAAGCAAUGGCUUAUAACUCUUAUCUUGCCAGAGGUAGUUUUUGAACAAGAAAAGGAACUCGUAAGUCAUAUCAUUGGGAAAGUAUUUCAGUUUUUAAAAAAUUAAACUGAGGAAAAAUCGAUUCUUGAUCCUCCUAUGAAGACGGAUCUGCCUCUAUUCAUGAGGAAAUAAAUGGUGUACACUCUGAGACACAGCAGUAAAGGAGAUUCCGGCUGGGCUAGAGGCCUGCCUUCUGCUCCUCUCCUGCACUGACUCCUCGGAGGGGGCUCUUCAUUCAUUGAAAACGACCCAAGAUGGAACAUGAAACCACACGUGCCGUGACCUUUAGGUUUUAUGAGUAGACAGUGUCAAUUUGAUUUUCUACAGAAAUUAUGUAAAUUAUUCUUUAGGUUUUAAAAAAGAGCACUCAAUGCAAUAUGUGAAUAUCAGUGGGGUUGGUUUUUCUUUUUUCCUACUGUUUAAUAACAUUUGUCUAAUUGCUCAUAAGCCUACCAAGUUACCAAAUUUUAUAUAACAGUGGAAUAGUCAGUGUGGCCUUAAAGAGACACACAGAGAUGGGCUGUCGGCCCCUAGGAAGGGACUAGUUAGUUGCCUUUUCUAGAAUCUUUGCACCUGCCAUUGUUGUUGUGAUGUGUUCCCCCCUCACCCUGACCCCACAUAGUCCUGAAGAUCAAGCGGUAGUAUUGCUCAUGCAAGCAGCUCUAUGAAAUUUUCUCUUGGAACACACCUGAACGCUCUUCCCGUGUCUGACUUGUGUCACCUAAUGUUUCAUUCAUUGUGAGCCUGCAGAUUCAGUUGUGUAGUUUCUUAACCUGUUACGAGUGCAGAGGCAUGUUGGGAAAGGGAUAUUGGAGAACAAGAGAAGAUGGGUUUGAGAAGGGGAUUAGAAGGAGAAUAGAUUAGAUACCAGAGUCCAAGGUCCCAGCAGGGUUGGUAAAAGGAACUUGCUGACCCAGGAGGGAGAAUGAAGAUUGGCCAGCUAUUAAAUCUUUAGUAGAGGUAGGGUUAUGAGGAAUCAAGGACAGAGAGAUGGGGUUGAGGUAUAGAAAGCUGGCAUAGGACUAGUGGCUUGUUGUAGAAUCUGUUUUGGUUCCAACAGCCUGUCUGAAGUCCCUUAAGAGUUGAAAAAGGAGUGUGCAGCAUCACUGUUGUAGCUUUUGACUUGGAGGUGGUCCGGGCUGGAAGUGAGCAGCAGCCCCUCUCCUUCCUAUUCACAGUCUCCCUGUAGACCAUCUUCACCUUUGCCCUGUUGUGGGGAACAGGCAGGCAGUAAAAAUGGCCUGGGCUCUCUUUACUUCAGUUCAUCGUUCGCUUUUCUGGGAAUUGGAAGGUAGGCACCAAGACCCAGGGCAGUGUUACCUCAUGUGCAUGAUGGGCUUGCACAGGGGUGUGAGUUAACAAGUCAAUGGGAACUGCUGGGUGGGACAGAGUGGGCCCUGGGAGCAGGCCUCUCUUCUCAGGAGCAGUGAGUGCUUCAGGAUGUCCCUCUGUCAUUAGGGCCCCGAGACACCCUUGUCCCUAGAGUAGGGACUGACUAUAGCACAAGACAAUACGUGCCAAUGUCAUUUGUGAAAUGUAUGGUCUUUCCAGAUGACUAAAGGAAGUGUUUUGCUUUUCUUUUUUCUUUCUUCCAAACCAAAUUGUAGAGCCAGCUGAGACUGUUAAGUAAUUUGGAGGAUAGAAUGAUGAUGUACCAGUAAAUGUAAGUUCCUCCUUAUGACAUGCUAGAUGAUGAAAGAUGUAAACUAUUACCUUCUCCCUCUUCUCUUGACUUUGUAUUUUACUGCAUGUUUUCUUCAUUUUUGAUCAAUAAAGAUAAAGAAUAAAUUGUCA